UCAAGCGCGCAAUAUGGCGAACGUGCAAUGCUGUUACAAUGCGACCGCCAUGGCUCCAUUUAAUGCUGCAUUUUCGCAGUGCGCGCCGUGCAAUAUCGGCCUGAAGUUUUACAAGCACUGUAAGCACAGCUAACCUACAAAUAAGCUGUCACUGGUUAAACAGUGUUGCUCGUAAUACACUCUAGUGUAGAGAUUAUCACUCCGAUGCCCGCUUCGAGUUCCCCUACCCAAGCAUUUGUGCCGCCAUCAGCCUCGCUGUGACGAGUGUUGAAACCAAUGAAUGUGUGAUGAAUAUGAAUAGUACGAGUCUGGUUGGCGGUUAGCAACACGGAGACGAACUCGCAAAUUUUAUUCUCGUCCAAAUUUUCCUUUUGACGCGAUUCUUCUUUUCUCCCGCAUAUUUUAUCUGGGAUGUGACACUGUUAAUGAAGGAAUUAUACGUAAAAAUAUUUAUAACAUGAAGACAUGCAAGUUUUAACGAAAAUAAUCAAAACUAUAUGAUAAACAUUCAAAAUUCGGCGGAACAUACAAAAUAUAAAAGUAAUAUUGCAGUAUGAUGCAGUAUACGUUUCAUAAUCUUAAAGAAAUUCUACAUUAAGAAAAGUAGGUGUUACAAAACCUCACUUCUGUACCUGUACUUGCUACAAAAUAAUAUAACAUUUUCUAAAUGUAUCAAUUUGGCACAAGGGACGGAUGAGGGCUAAUCGAAAUAGUAUUUGUGCAAUUGAUUGCAAAUUCUGCAAUUAAUAUCGAGUUAAUUAAUUCAUAGAAAAAUGAAAUUCACAGAGCAUUUAAGUGCUCACAUUACACCAGAAUGGAGAAAACAAUAUAUAAAUUACGAGGAAAUGAAAGCAUUGCUCUAUGCUGCAGUAGAACAAGCACCAGCUGCAGAUAUAACAGAAUCACAUAUAUUGGAACGUUAUUUUAAUAAAUUUGAUGAACAAUUUUUUCAUUAUUGUGAUAAGGAAUUGGCAAAGAUAAAUACAUUUUAUUCAGAAAAAUUGGCAGAAGCAACACGUAGGUUUGCAACCCUCAACAAUGAGCUAAGUGAAAUUUUAUCAGUUUCUGAAGAAGGACAAGGAAGCCGUAAAAUCCGUUACCGUAACAAUAUUUUGCAUAAAAAACCAGUUUCAGCAAGAAAACUUCAAGAAUUGAAAUUAGCUUUCUCUGAAUUUUAUCUCUUUCUUAUUUUACUUCAAAAUUAUCAGAAUCUUAACUUUACUGGAUUUAGAAAAAUUUUGAAAAAGCACGAUAAACUUUUGAACAUAGAUCUUGGAGCAAAAUGGAGAGCAGAACAUGUGGAUACUGCAUUAUUUCACACGCACAAAGACAUAGACAGACUUAUUGCAGAAACAGAAGCAUUAGUUACAAGAGAUUUAGAACACGGAGACAGACAACGUGCUAUGAAACGUUUAAGAGUUCCUCCACUUGGAGAACAGCUUUCUCCAUGGAUUACAUUUAAAGUGGGACUUUUCUCUGGGGCUUUCAUUGUUCUCCUUAUAGCUGUAAUACUUUCAGGUGCACGUUAUAGAGACAACAAUAAUUGGCGAGUUUUGUGUAGAUUAUAUCGUGGACCACUUCUUAUGAUUCAGUUCCUUUUUCUUAUGGGAAUUAAUGUAUAUGGAUGGAGAUCUUCUGGUGUAAAUCAUGUUUUAAUAUUUGAACUGGAUCCCCGAAAUCAUUUAUCAGAACAGCAUAUUGUUGAAAUGGCUAGCGUAUUUGGAUUGGUUUGGUCUCUAUCAAUUUUGGGUUUUUUGUAUAGUGAAACAUUAGGAAUACCACCAUUUGUUCAGCCUAUGUUGUUGUACACAUUAUUAGCUUUAUUUUUGUUUAAUCCAACAAAAACAUUACGUUAUGAAGCUAGAUUUUGGGCACUUCGUGUCUUAGGUAGAAUAUUUUGUGCACCGUUUUUCUAUGUCGGAUUUGCUGACUUCUGGCUUGCUGAUCAACUUAAUUCUUUACAUACUGUUUUCUUAGAUUUUCAAUAUUUUGUUUGCUUUUAUGUACAAAAUUCUUCGUGGACCGAUGUCACUGAUGCAGAAACUUGUAUAAUGCGCGAGUUGUCAAUGAGACCGUUUGUAGCUUGUUUGCCGGCAUGGUUUCGAUUUGCACAAUGUCUACGGCGGUACAGAGACACAAAAGAAGCCUUUCCUCACCUUGUAAAUGCAGCGAAAUAUGCUACCAGUUUCUUCGUUGUAGUAUUUUCAUAUUUACAUUUAACUAAUGCUAAAUAUUACGUAAUGUCUACUGAAAAUCCUUAUUUUUAUUUAUGGAUAAUCGCAAGUAUCAUGAGUUCUUGUUUCACGUAUACGUGGGAUGUAAAAUUGGAUUGGGGAUUAUUCGAUAGUAAUGCAGGAGAAAAUAAAUUUCUUAGGGAAGAAAUUGUGUAUUCCUCUCCGUACUAUUACUAUUUUGCAAUAAUCGAAGAUUUUAUACUCCGUUUUGGUUGGGCAUUUUCAUUGUCUCUCACUGAAAUGGGAUACGUACAUGCAGAUUUAAUGGUUUCUAUAGUUGCACCAUUGGAAGUGUUCAGGAGAUUUAUAUGGAAUUUUUUCCGUUUGGAAAACGAACAUCUGAACAAUUGCGGCAAAUUCAGAGCUGUCAGAGAUAUAUCUGUGGCACCAGUUGAUUGCUCUGAUCAAACGCAAAUUUUGAGAAUGAUGGACGCAGCAGACGGUGUGAUCAAUCGAAAGAGAAAGCAAAAAGUAAUGGACAAAAAACUAUCACGUACAUUUUCUAAAGGUGAAUCCCUAAUUUGUGAUCUUGACACGUAAAUGUACUUGAGCAUGAUGACAAAUGAUUUGCAACAAUUGGAUGUUAAUCGAUCUCUGUGUGUAAAUAUUGAGAAUACUGGUUUUACUAGUGUUGUUUAAGUACAAAUAUACGUUAGUAUGUACGUCAGAAUGAUUCUGAGUUAGAUUAAAUGUGGACUUAAAUGUAUAAAUCUCGUGAAUGUGUUAUAAAAUUAUCGUGCAAUAUUUACAUUUAUGCUUGUAUUACCCUUGCUAUUAAACGCCGCAUUCUCGAGAAAAUUUUGGGACGUUUGUCGCGAUAAGUUUAAAAUUAAAGUGCAAUGGAAAAUACAUCAUACACAUAAAUACGAAUUUAAAAUGCAGUGAUAAAUACGUCGUACAAAUAAACACGAAUGUAAUUAAAAUAAAGUAUUUUGACAUUUCUAAUAAA